AUGGAUCGAGCAUUCGAAGACGACAUAAGACAGAAGCUUCAGCUUAGUCAAGGGCAUGGUAAUGGCCAGACCACCGAGGGCUCUGCUGGGCCAGUGAGACAGAACCAGAGCCAGUCGACCCAGCAGCCACAAUUGCCACCUGGCAGACAGCAGUACUCAACCCAUCCGCAAUCCCAUGCUCGCACUGCACGACCGCCACGCCAGCAGGCACAAAGUCACACUCCUCAGUCCACUGCACAACAACAACAGCGACAUGCGAAUCAUCGACCAAGUCAGCAGCAACGCCGUAUGCAAACUCAAGGACCGCAGGUGACCACAGGCCAAAACUUAUCACAGUCUCGUGCCGUGGCCUCAGCACAGCAAAACACUCCUCUUGAUCCGAGCGAAUUCCAGCGCGGAGGGCAAGUCGCAGGGUACUACCAACGCCCUCAAGGACCGCCUCGGCAAUUGUACAAUCCUAACAAUGCGUCUCCCGCUCGUAGCUCACCGAUGCCGAUGCAUCAUGAUGUGCGCAGCGCACAAUCGCAACAUCUGGAAAGCCUGGCCAAUGUCGAGAUCGCGAGAGUUGCGAUGGUUGCCGCCGAACGUGAUGAGAAAGAGGCUUUUCGAGAACGCCUGGAGUCGAUCGUCCAGGAGGUGUGCAAGGCAGAUCCCGAGCGGCUACCCAUCGUCUCACUCCAAACUUUCGGCAGCUUUCGCUCUGGCUUUGCAAACGCAGGCUCGGACAUGGAUCUGGUAAUAGUGCUGCCAGAUGGCUCCCCAGCUAACGCAAGUCUGGGACUGCUCGAAGAUGACUUGCCACGGGCAUUAGAGAAAAAACUGCUUCAGCUCGGCUUCGGUGCACGACUGCUCACUCGCACGAGGGUACCCAUCAUCAAAAUCUGCGAAAAGCCGGCCGAGAGUCUUCUGGACAAAUUGAGGGAGGAGCGUGAGAAGUGGGACUAUCUGGACCACGACAAGAAGUACCCGCAUCUACACGAGUACGACGGAAAUCAGCAAGCUGGUCCGAACGAUAUCAGCUCUGCCUUGGCUGGUGCCGACGGACCUGCGAGAACCAACGGUGCCAGUCCAAAUGGAGCGGCGGGCAUAUUAGCGCCACCACAACCUGUGGAUGGUGCCCUUUCCAUCGAUGCCAACGGCACGACCAAUGGUGCAACAGCUCUAGCGGAGGCCGUCGAGCAGCUCUCUGUCGAUGAGAGCAAAUCCGGAAAUGCCAACAAGUCAGAGGCGCUCGCGACAAAACCGAGGCGUGAUAACAGACCUUUCACCCGCGAGCGUAAAGCUGGGCCACUGGACUUUUCAAAGUCGGGCGUAGGCAUCCAGUGCGACAUCAACUUCUUCAAUCCACUCGGCCUCCACAACACGCAGCUACUCCGCUGCUACGCUUUCUGCGACCCUCGUGUGACACCAAUGAUCCUCUUCAUCAAGCAGUGGGCCAAGAAGCGCAAGAUCAACAGCUCAUACUCUGGCACACUAUCAAGUUACGGUUACGUCCUCAUGGUGCUGCACUAUCUUGUCAAUGUGGCUCGGCCUGCGGUCUUGCCAAACCUUCAAGGCCCAUGGCGACCAUCUGCAUCGUGUCAGCUUCCAGGAGCGACAAGAACAGAGUGCGAUGGCUGGACCGUCGACUUCUGGCGUAACGAAGAAGAGAUUGCAAGAGCACUAAAGGCCGGUCAGAUGUCCACCAACAACGAGCCUCUCGGCUCCUUACUGAACGGCUUCUUCGACUAUUUCUCGUCCAUGGGUAAUGGCCCUAAGUUCCACUGGAUGCAGCAAGUGCUCUCCUUGCGCUCUCAAGGUGGUAUACAGACGAAGGAGGAGAAGGGAUGGGUCAAAGCUAUCACAGAAGAAGGAGAAGGCAAGAAGGUGCAGCACAGGUAUCUGUUUUGCAUCGAGGAUCCCUUCGAGCUGGCGCACAAUGUCGCCCGCACCGUGACUCACCCUGGCAUUGUCGCUAUACGAGACGAGUUCAGGAGGGCAAAGAGGAUACUGAUGGACAUUGGCUUUGGGCGUGAGGCAAAUGAUGGUGGACUCUUUGAUGAGCUAGUCGAGGAAGUGCCGGAGGCUGUAAGUCUGGAGGUGCUAGAAGAAUCCACCAACGGCGCCGUGCAGACUUUGAUGCAGCGGCAUGCUCUGCAUACUGCUCAGCACGCCGCUCAGCAGAACCAACGGCAGGUUCAGAACAGAGGUGGCAAUUCCCGCGGGCCACCGAAUGGUCGACAGCAGGUCCAGGCCACCAAGACAAUCGACAUGGCAGACAACGAUGCCUUCCCUACACUAGGUGGCGGCUGUGCGAAGGCCAAGUCGAAGCCAACGAGUCGCCAGAAUGAAGCUAAUACUAGUGAGAUCUCUGGCGAGAAGGCGCAAGCACUGCUCGCUAAGAUCAAGCAGGAGAAGGCUGGACGUCAUGCUGAGGCUACUGCUACAGAUGUGGCGGAGAGUGUAUUGAGAGGACUUGACUGA